UUCUAAACCAUGCUCGCUUCUUCAACCAGUUUAAUAUUCUCCAGAAAUAUGUUGGUCCAAGAAUCUAAACUUUUGAGCCCUAUUAUACUCAGCUCAAGCGAUUGAGUGAAUUAGUACCGAAUUUAGAAGUUAUAUAUGGACGCCGAUCGAUAUCGGUGUAAAACCCCUACUGUUCUCCGAAGUCCAUAAUCAAAGUACACCAAUUAAACUGCACUUCUACCUGUUGAGAAAUCGUUUGUACGGUACCAGGAGAUUGAUUAGAUGAAGCAUCAUGAACUGAAGCAGCUUAUAAUUGGAGAAGAUAGUUAAAGGAAUAUGAAGGAACUACAAGAUUGAUCUUACUUGUCACUUACCACACGUAUAUAUGAAAUGAUGAGAGCAAGGCACAAGAUAAUAUGAUUAAUAACUCCAAAGAAACUGAAUUUCCUCCGAGAGAGGAAGGCAAUUCAAGUCAUGAGAUUGGAAAGGUCAAUAGUAGUACUAAGGUUUCAUCAAGUGCGGCCACAAGUGCAAAUCCAACGCCAUGGUUAAGGUUGAAGGAUCCGAGGAUUGUUCGCGUGUCGCGCGUUUUCGGAGGUAAGGACAGGCAUAGCAAAGUGUGCACCAUAAGAGGGUUGAGAGACAGGCGGGUGAGGCUGUCAGUUCCCACAGCUAUCCAAUUGUAUGAUCUUCAAGAUAGGCUAGGCCUUAAUCAACCGAGCAAAGUCGUGGAUUGGUUGCUCAACGCCGCUAAGCACGAAAUCGAUGAACUCCCUCCGCUUCCAAUGCCACUUGCUGGGAACUUCUCGCUGUUGACGCCUCGCGAAGCGAAUGCUGCUACUACUGCAAGCCAAGCGAAUGAAGAUCAAGGGUUCCUCAAGAACAAUAACAAUAACAUGAGUGCUAUUGAAUGGGAAUUAGGUUCAACAAGCAGACAAAAUUUUUGGACUAACACCACUACUAGUACUAGUACUUCAUCAGAUGCUCUUUGGAAGGCAAGAUCAAAAGAAGUUGCAAGAGAAACGGCUAAUAAUAGUACUACUAGGAGUGAAGUUGAGAAAGAAGAGGGAAAUCACGAAGGAAGCAAUAAUCUCACACAAAGAACAACCAAUAAUCAUCCUUUUUUCCCAGGUAUGUUGAACAACAUUGCCCAUAUGCCACAUGGUGUUAGUUAUCGUUGGGAGCCUCCAAAUUAUCCGCUAUUGUCGCAUUUCGGAGGCGCCGGCCAUGGAUUAAACAUCACAUCCCAAUCAGAUCAGCAUCUUCAAAGCUUGAACGUUAUGUCUCUACAACCAUCCACAUUGUCUCUAUCAACCGGCUCUCCAUAUACUACUACUACGCAAACUUAUUUUCCUUCACACAGUGCUGCAGCUUCUGGCGUGGAGUUAGUUGAUUCUAGACAAGUGAACCAUUUUCACAUGUUGAGCUCAAAUGUAGUACAAAACCUCUUGCCAAACACAAUAAGACCAUUCCAUUUUGGUGCGAAUAAUUCUAAGCUUGUCUGUUAUCCUCCGAACGACAAUGGAAGUGAUCAGCAAAAAUAAGGAACAAGAGUAGUAUAAUGUAAGGGCCAAGUUAUUAUAUCUUCUGAAUGAUACUUGAGGCCCGUACAAAGGACAUUACAAAGUAGCCCCUCUUUUCAUGAAAUAAAAAGCCUGACUGAUCAUCAGCUGAUCUCUUUUUAACAACGAGAGAUCAGAGGAAAAGGUACAUAAUUAGAAGGCACAUUCUGCUAAAACUCAGGCCAGUGUGCAUGCAGACAAAUCUUCGUCUCAGUUAUGAUUAUAUUUUUCUUUUCUUUUCUUUUUUGUUUUGUUGGUUGUGGGAUGUUAAUUAUCAAUAUUUCCUAAAUAUUAAUUGAUUUUUCUCUCUUUUGUAGUGUUGAUUGA